AGUGUUAUACGUGCAGUAGUUGGCAGGUUAUCUAAAUCAAAGCUUACUUUUGAAGGCUCGUAUGCAAUCAGGCUGCAACAUCUGCACAGUGAUGAGAGCCAUUGGUUACAUCAAGAAUUGACUGUAGGCCAAGUGCGACGUAAAUAUGAAACUAUACAUCCGACACUAGAAUGGAGGUACAUGCUAAGGUUGCGGUAUCUUCCAAGAAGCACCCAUGAAUUAAUGGAGAAGGAUCGAGUCACAUUUAACUUUUUCUAUGAGCAGGUUCGUCAGGAUUACAUGAAUGAAGUUGCGGAAACACUGGGUGAUCAAGACAUACCAAUACAGUUAGGCUGCUUGGAAAUGAGGAGGUUCUUCAAGGAUAUGCCACAUGUUGCACUCGACAAAAAAGCAAAUUUUGAGUAUUUAGAGUAUGUAUCAAAUGUAUCAAAACUUCCAGUUUAUUAUUUCUGUCAAGGAAGUUAUGUAUUUACCGCUACCUGUUAG